AAAUCAUUCUAGAAAGGUCAAAGGUCACAUCAUGGCAAGCCACAGAAAAAUCAUCCAACUUUACAGGAAUUUAUUGCGUGAAGGCAAGAAAUUCAAGUCAUACAAUUACAGGGAAUAUGCUGUAAGGAGAACUAGAGAUGCCUUUAAAGAGCACAAAAAUGAGCAAGAUCCUAAAAAAAUCGCCUCCCUGUUGAAGUCAGCUGAAGAAAACUUGGACAUAGUCAGACGCCAGGUUUUGAUAGGGGAGAUGUAUGGUGAUGGAAGGCUAAUCAUUGAAUCAACUAUCAAGCAUGCCACCUGAGAGACCCCUCAAGAAGAUUCUUAUCACUAAAUAUGUCAGAAUGUGUGUCUUUUGUUUUUGUUGUGAAAACAAAAAUAGACAUAAAGGUCCAUUUGACCCCAAUGAACUUCUUGAGACCAUUAUUUAUUAUAUGAUAUGAAAACAUGUGUGCAUAAAUCAAUCAGAACUCGGAAAACUCAUGAAUCCGUCUUUUUGUGUUAGAAUUUAAUCAAAAUAAUGAUAUACAUGUAUUGGUUUUGAGUACUAAGAGCAUAAUAAGUUUAUGAAAGAACUAAGAUUUUACUAUUGUGCAUCUCAUUUUUCUUCUUUCUUCCAUUUACUCUCCCCCCUCCCCCCCCCCCCCAAAAAAAAAAAAUUAUGAAGAUUAAGCAUUAUCUUCUUUCUUAAAUUUUAAAAUAAGACAAGCUGGAUUAUAAUUAUGUUUAGUAAUGAAUAUACUUAUGUAUAUGUUUUAAAAUAAUGUGCUAUAUAGUUAAUUUAAAAAAUCUGGAUAGAUGUUAUUGAAAAGCUUAUCAGAUUUUAGAGAAAAAGAGUGGGGACUAUUUUGUGCUCAGAUUAUGAUGUUAUGAUCUAAAUUACCUUGCAUGAUUAAAAAAAAUCAGGAUUUUCCCUCAAAAUUAAUACAUGUACACUGUACAUGACAAGUGUACUUAGACUUUAUACAAUAUUAGAAAUCAAUGUUUCAUAAUGCUUCGACCAGUCAACUUUUAUAUUUCUUCACAUACUAUUGUGCAUGAAAAUAUUAUAAACCCUUGUAAGGAGUUCUCUGUGUAUAUAGUCCCCUGUAUUUAGUAUUAAUUUCAUAAAUAUGAUUGUAGAUAACUUGAAGAACACAAAACUUUAUAAACAUAUAAGUCUAAGUUGUUGAAGAAUUAUCAAACUGUUUAUAGUCAUUAAUUUUUUUACAAGACUGUAGGAUUUGUGUUUUCUUGUUUUAGUUUUUGAAAACAUAUUGAAAUAAAGGAAAAAUAAACAGUUUAUAUUGAGUCUUA